AUGCCUCGGCACAAGAAGUCGAAAAAUGCAUUCAGUGGGCAUCACCCCCAACAGGAUGGUGCGGCCACGGCGUCAGCUGAACCUGUCCCGACGAGCCAUGAGAUCCGGGCAUCUCUGACCGCCCCGGAAACGAAGAUGUCGGCAGAAUUUACGACGCAAAGCUUUAGUCUCUCCCAGAAUCUUUGGAAUCAGGCUUUCGACCAACUGGCGAAAGACGAAGAAUCUCUCGUUGAGGCCUAUUUGAAGAUCUUGGCCAAGUUACUCUUGGAUAAUACGCUUGAAGAUGUCACUGCCAAGGAAAACAAAGAAUAUUUGACCCAGCUUUUAGGCAGACAUGAGCUUUCCAAAAGAACAGACAGUUCAGUUCCUAGACUCUCUCAAGCAGCAGUCAAAAAUCUCAAAGCCGAACUUGGAGACCACACUCAACGACAAAAGUUCAUGUCAAUGCUAGUAGAAGACGGCAAAGCAAAAGCCCUCAAAUCGCAGAAGAUUGCCGAAACACUCGGGAAUGUUGCGGGAACUCUUCUUUCGGUAAAACCAAUCGUCGACGCUGUGCUUCAAAUCCCUCAGACUGCACCUGCUGCGCUGCCUUGGGCUGGAAUUUGUGUUGGACUAAACUGGGAGGCAAAAACUCUUUUGACUCGGUUCCGCGCCAGACACUCGCACCCUGGGCAGUAUGAUAUAUCUAUAUAUGCCGAAAACGACACAUAA